AUGAUUGCAAAAACACAGAUCAAAUGCACAACCAUUUAUGCCCCAGCAAAGUCAAACGAAAGACAUGAAUGGUAUAAGGAAAAUCUCACAGAAGAAAUACUACACAGCGAUAUUAUAACUGGAGACUUCAAUGUAGACUGUUCAGUGGAUAAUAACCUUAACAAAUAUAUUAAAACAAUCUUCGACGAAUUCGAAUUUACAGAAAUUAAGAAUGGAAUCACAUUUCCAAGAAACAAAUCAACCAUCGAUAGGGUCUUUGUCUCAAAGAAGAUACUCCAUCUAAACCCAAUAGUUACUACUAAGGAAAUCAAAUUAAAAUCUGAUCACAACAUGGUAAUCAUUGAAUUAAAAAUACCAGAAUACGAGCAACAAAAGAAAGGAGAAAGACUAUGGAGACAAAACCUAGAAACUCUCAAAAUGAAUUCAACCAGCCUCAAAAUUAAUAAAACAAUUAAAUACUACAAUAAAAAAUUCGAAGAGAACACCAGCAAAUGGUACAAAUUAAACAUUUGCGAACAAUGGUUGAAACUAAAAGAUGAAAUAAAGAAACUGUCAAUUAAUAUAGAAAUUAGAGAAAGCAAUAAAACCAAAAACAAACUAAAAGAACUCGCAGAAAAACUCGAAACAGCCAAAGAUUCAAGAGCAAUCUUCCUUAAAGAAGAGAUCAACAAUAUUCUAAAGGAACAAGUAAGAAUAAAACAAGCAAACCAAACCAACACCCACAUCAACAACAAAGAAACACCAUCAAAAUACUUAACCAGAAGGUUAAAAGUCCAAAGAAAGACAAAUGAAAUCCCUCAAAUUCUAGAUCCAAGCAACAAUUGUUUGGUAACAAAAAACGAGGAUAUCCUCGAAGUAGCAAGAAGAUAUUACGAGAACCUGUACCAGAAGAGAGAAUGCAACGAAGACACUCACCACGAACUCCUAAAAACAUUCAAUAAAAGGAUUGAUCAAAAGAUAUUGGACGAAAUUAAUCAACCAAUAGAAGAAUACGAAAUCAGACUAGGCAUUGAAAAAAUACAAGAAGGAAAAGCACCUGGUAAAGAUGGACUCCUUCCAACAUUUUACAAAAACCACAUUAAUGAAAUUCUACCAAUAAUAUCAAAACUAUACAAUCACUUCUGGAAUACAACAAUCCCAAAGGACUUCAAACAAGGGAUAUUGAUUACUAUAUAUAAAAACAAAGGAGACCCAAACAACCUGGAUAACUAUAGACCAAUAACACUUCUAAAUGUCGAUUACAAAAUCUAUUCGAAAAUAAUCAACAAUAGGAUCCUGAAGUUCUUAAACAAAAUAAUCUCACCAUUCCAAACUGGAUUCGUACCAAGAAGACUACUGCACGAUAACAUCAUCACCUUAAACUCAACAAUAGAAAUAAUAAAACGAGAGAUUAACACAAAAGAGGAUAUGGAACCAAUCAUAACAUUUUAUGAUUUUGAAAAAGCAUUCGAUUCAAUCUCACAUAACGCCAUUCUACGUACUCUUGCACAUCUAAAACUACCACUCAAAAUGGUCCUCACAAUAAUGAACUUACUCAAUGAAUCAGAAACAUCAGUGUACAUCAAUAACUCAUUAUCUAAAAGCUUUACAUCAAAAAGAGGAACCAAACAAGGUGAUCCUAUCUCUCCCACUAUCUUCGCAUUAGUGGUUGAAUGCAUGGCAACUACUAUAAUAAAUGACCGCUGCAUCAAUGGUGUAACCAAAGAAACCAUUAAAAUACUACAGUUCGCCGAUGAUACAGCAACAAUAGCAUACAACUUUAUGGACCAUUUCCUCAUGAAUGAAUGGAUCAAGAAGUUUUGCCAAGCAACCAGCGCAAAAAUAAACCAAACCAAAUGCUCGUGUAUCACUUUCAAAUGGAACACCAGAACGCUAUACACCGUCAUAAAAUCAAACGAAAGGUACCUCGGCUUUGACUUCAACAAUAAGGGUAUCAAAUCCAAAAUCAAUACAAUCUCAGACAACAUCAGAGCUAAACUAGUAACAUGGAACUCAACUUCAUCAACCUAUAUGGGCAGACUCAUAAUGGCAAAAACAUAUGCACUAUCUCAGUUAACGUUCCACACUUACAUCAACACCACACCACAACACAAUAGUAUUGAAAAUAACAUCGUAAAAUUCGUUUUCAACACAAAAUCUAAAAACUCUCUUUCACUACAAAGAAGACAAAACAACUAUAUCAAUGGUGGCCUAAACUUAUGGAACCUGAAGACAAGAGAACUAGCACAGAAAGCAUGGUUAUUCGAAAGAUACCUCCACCAAAGAGUAAGUAACACUCCUAGUUCAUAUAUAAAACUGUGGGAAGAGGAACUCAAAAACAACAACAACAACAAAACAACAACAAAACAAAAUCAACUACAACUACACUGGCAAUGCAAGCAAGCAUGGACCCAAUUAAAAACUCCACAAAAUAAACAAACACACUACGAACACCUCCCAAAAUUAAAAAAAAUAUACGAAGAUAUGAUGACAACUCAAUCUCCUGAACACAACAAAUUCAUACCAACUCCUGGCCAAAAAGAAAUAAUGACCAAAAUUAAUAGCAAACACCUUCCAUUUAAAGAAAUCAAAAAAAUAAUAAACAUGAAAGGUAGAGAUCUAUUAUGGAGAUACACACUGAAAGCACUACCAAAAAUAUACAACAUGCCAUGCCAACAGUGUGGGGAAGAUGAGACCUCAGAACAUAUAUUCUUCAACUGCAAAGCCCACAUCAAAAACACACAAGAAAUCUUCAACUACACCCUAACUAAGUGUGGACACACCACUCACACCUGGAAUGUGAAGAUUUUAAACCAUCUACAAAUUGCACUAGUAGCCAAUUUAAUAGCUAUUAUAUUCGAUAAAAUCUGGCACAAAAGAAAUAAACUCAUUCACGAUGAAAAAGAAAUAAUAAUUCACAGACAACAAGUCAUACGUGAACUAAUUAAAACACAAAGAGCUGCAUGGGACAGGACACAAGCGGUUAUAAACAAAACAUUAAGAAUCAAAUCAAAGCAACGGCCAGAAGAACAAAAUAAAUUAGACUCACUAAUCUCGCUAAAGCUAUUACAAUUUAGCAGACAAUGGAACUCACCUCUUCACGCAAUAGAACUUCCUAAACAUCUCAAAAAAUACAAUAAUUCACUCAGUACUUUCUAUAAAUAA